CGCAUCUCUAUUGCCAUGGCAACCGGGCGGCACUCUGCCCGGCACAAAGAUAGCGGCCUGCCGCCGGAAGUAGCACUGCCCGAUUCCAAGAUGGCGGCACGCCGCCGGAAGUCGCCCGGCCCGUCUCCAAGAUGGCGGUCGCCACGUCACUACCGCCCCGCAGCGAUGGCGGCCACGGCGGCGCGGGGCGCGGAGGCCGAGGCUCUGUUCGAGGCUCACACAGCGGCGGAGCUGCGCGAGGCAGAGCGGCGGUUGCGGGCCGGCAUCGAACAGAAGCGGGAGGAGCUGCGGCAGAUGGUGGGCGAGCGUUACCGUGACCUGAUCGAGGCGGCCGACACCAUCGCCGAGAUGCGGCUGAGUGCCGAGCGGCUGCUGGACUCCGUGCGGGGCCUGCAGCGCGGCGGGGCGACGCGGCCCGGCCCCGCUCCCCCGGCCCCGCCGCAGGUGCAGGACAAGCUGUACCGGGCGGCCGCGCAACUGAAGCUGCUGCUGGACAUCCCCGAGCGGGCGUGGAGCGCCAUGGAGGCCGGGCGUUACCUGCACGCCGCCCGCCUCUACCUGCUGUGCCGCCACCUGCACGGCCUGCUGCAGCUCGACGCGCCCCGCGCCCGCUACAGCCCUGUCCUUGCCCGCUUCCCCAUCCUGCUGCGCCAGGUGGCCGCCGCCAGCCACUUCAGAUCCACCAUCUUGCAGGAGAGCAAGUCUCUGCUGAAGUGCCAGACCGUGUCAGACCAGGCAGUGGCAGAAGCCUUGUGUGCCAUCAUGCUUCUGGAGGAUAGCUCCCCACGCCAGGCCCUUGCAGACUUCCUUCUGGCCAGGAAACUGGCAAUCCAACAGCUUCUCAACCAGCCACACCACGGUGCAGGUAUAAAAGCUCAGGUGUGUUCACUGAUGGAGCUGCUAACCACUACCCUGUACCAAGCUCAUGCUCUCUUCUAUGUGAUGCCUGAAGGGGUGACACCAGACCCAGCCCUACCCUGUGGCUUACUCUUCUCCACCCUGGAGAGCACUACAGGCCAGCAGCCAGCAGGAAAAGGUGGGGUUCUGGAGGACGAGGUGAAGCUGAGCAGCUGGUUCAGGUACCUCCCAGAGUCUGUAGUGGAGUUCCAGCCAACCCUGCGGACCCUGGCGCACCCCAUCAGCCAGGACUAUCUCAGAGACACUCUGCAGAAGUGGAUCACCAUGUGCAGUGAGGAUAUCAGGGCUGGGGUCAGCAACCUGCUGGUCUACGUGAAGAGCCUGAAAGGCCUCGCGGGGAUCCGUGAUGCAGUGUGGGAGCUGCUCACAAGUGAGUCCAUAAGCCAGAACUGGGAUGUGUUGUGCCGUCGCCUUUUGGACAAGCCUGCUUCCUUUUGGGAGGACCUGCUGCGGCAGCUCUUCCUGGACAGGCUGGAGAUACUGACUAAAGAAGGGUUUGAAUCCAUCUCAAGCAGCUCCAAACAGCUUCUCAUCUUAGCUCUGCAGGAACUCGAGGCCAAAUCCAACACCUCUGCCUUGAGCAAGCACGUCCAAUUUGAACACAAUGUGGCCCAGUUCCUGUGGUCAGAGAGCUCCAGCGAUCUGCCUUCAGAUGCUGCUUGGGUCAACGUGGCAAACCGCAGCCAGUUUACCAAGAGCGGCCUGUCCAUGAAGGCCCAGGCGCUCACGCCAUGCGUGCAGAGCUUCUGCUCAGCUCUGGACUCGAAGCUGAAAGCCAGGUUGGAUGACCUCCUGUCUUACCUUCCUGCUGAGUCUUCAGCCACCAAGGAGCUCGCUCCCACCUUGCAGCCUCUCUCAGCCUUCGACCGCUACGCCGACACCAGCAGGGUGGAAGGGCUGCUCCGCGAGCACUGCAUUGCCUGCAUCCACCAUGUGCUGAGCUGUGUGCGUGAAGAGCUCCAGGCUGCACGGGCAGAUGCUCGCAGUGAUAGCAGGCUCCACGCUGUCCUCUUCAUGGCCAGGCUCUGCCAGUCCCUGAGUGAGCUUUGUCCUCACCUCAAGCAGUGUAUCCUGGGCCGGUCAGGCAGCGCGGAGACGACACUGAAGGAAACCCGCUCCACCAAGAAGCUGGGGAAGGGGAAAGUCCAAGAAGUGAAUCCUGUGCAAGCCAAGUGGCAGGAGGUGAAGGCAGAACUCCUGCAGCAAAGCCUGGCUGCUUACCAGAUCUGGAGCUCUGCUGUUACUAAAGCUCUAGUUCAGUGCUUUACUCAAACGUUGCUGCUAGACACAGCUGGUUCUGUCUUGGCCACAGCCACCAACUGGGAUGAGAUUGAAAUUCAGGAGGAGGCUGAGUCUGGAAACAGCGUAACAUCAAAGAUCCGUCUGCCUAUGCAGCCAUCCUGGUACGUCCAGUGCCUCCUCUUCAGCCUGUGCCAAGAGCUGAACCGGGUCGGCGGUCACACUUUGCCAAAGGUCACCUUGCAGGAGCUGCUGAAGGCCUGCAUGGCAGAAGUCCUUGCUGCCUAUGAAAAGCUCAUGGAGGAGAAGCAGGACAAGAAAGCAGGCAGCUUCCCCAUGACGCAGAACAGAGCUCUGCAGCUACUCUACGACCUGCGGUACCUGAAUGUCAUCUUGACAGCGAAAAGUGAGGAGGCAAAAACCAGCAGGAUCAAGCAUGACUCCAGGAUUGAGAAGGUGACUGACUUCCUGGAGGGACACAUCGAUCCAUUUGACUUGGAUGUUUUUACACCACACCUAAACAGCAACCUUAAUCGCCUGGUUCAGCGAACCUCUGUUCUCUUUGGCUUGCUGACUGGGACAGAGAACCAGUACACAAGUAGGAGCGGGGCUCUGGGCUCCCAGGAGCUCCAUAAUAUCUUGCCCUUAGCAUCCAGCCAGAUCAGGUUUGGACUUCUGCCACUCAGUAUGUCGAGUUCACGAAAGGCGAAGUCUGCGACCAGGAACACAGAAAGAGCUCAGGUUCCACCUCCUGCAUUCACAAGAGCAGAAGACGAGGCCUUGCGCCCUGGCUCCUUGUUCAGGCAACUUGUAACUGAGGAGGAAGACACAGCUGCAUCUUCUCUCUUCAAGCUGGGAUGGCUUUCUGGCAUGACCAAGUGAUUCAAUAAAAGAGUUUCUCUCUGCA